CGCCCCUUUAAGGCUUAUCUUAUCUCCGAGCCGUGACGGCGGGGGGCGCGGCCCGGCCGGGGGCGUGGUCUGCAGCGUUGGGCCAGUAUAAGAAGCGGCAGCGAGCCGCGGGCGGGCAGGACUGACUUGGAACUUGCUAGCGGGGUCUGAGUGCGGCGCACGCGCAGUGUCCCCCAAGGCGGGCAGGGAUAUGCGGAGCCGGGGCCCCGUCUGGGGAAUGAAAGCUGCAGGAUACCUGGCGAGAACUGUGGAUUUUUAAAGUUUGGCAACAUUGCAGAGCAAGGCACAAUGUCAACAGCAGGAAUUGCUGCUCAGGAGAUGAGCGGUCCAUUAAAGACUGGAUUUCUUCACAAUGGCCAAGGCAUAGGGAGUCUGAAAACCUGCUGGAGUGGCCACAAUGGGUUUGAAAAGACUUAUUUUAAUGUGGAACCUGUAGCAAUGGCAUAUAAUCUGAAUCCAUCAGCACAGCAAAAUUGUACAUCUGUUGGGCACAUUUCAAACCCUGUACCAACAAAUGGCUACUGCUUUACUGAAAGCUGUGUCAGGGUCCCACCUCAGAAAUCCAGCCCAUCUUCUCUUAGUCCCAAAAGUGAGAAGCUUAGUUCAAAGCAUGAAGAUCAUCUUGUUCCUAGUUUCAGCAAACUGUCGGUAACUGUGGGCUGUGUUUCUGACGAGAUCCCUCCUCAUACACCAACAAAGAGUGGGCCACCUCAGUUUUCUUCUGCAUCUUCCAGUGACCGCAGCUCUAGACCACUACCUCCACUGCCCAUUUCUGAGGACCUCUCUCCAGAUGAUGUCGAUAGAGAGGUGGAAUUCUUAACGAGUUCAGACACUGACUUUUUGUUAGAUGAUUAUGGACUUCCUCCUUUUAAAUCCAGUGCUCCAAGUAGGCGGAGCUUUAGGGGCUGCGGACAGAUCAAUUAUGCCUAUUUUGAUGCCCCAGCAGGACCGAAAUCAGAAGAUGCCAACUCUACAACUAACCUAAAUGGAUGUACACAAACCCCAUGUCCUCCUCCACAACAGCAGCAUCGGCGUUUACGAAGGUCUCAUUCAGGGCCAGCUGGAUCAUUUAAUAAACCAGUAGUGAGACUAUCUAGCCACUUAAAUAGGGCUUCUCCCAAUUCUGAUGAAGACAAACCAGAGGUCCCCCCUAGGGUUCCCAUACCUCCUAGGGCGCUCAAACCGGAUUAUAGAAGGUGGUCAGCAGAAGUCGCUUCUAGUGCAUACAGUGAUGAAGACAGGCCUCCCAAAGUGCCUCCGAGAGAACCUUUAUCACGGAGCAAUUCCCGUACACCGAGCCCUAAAAGUCUGCCAUUGUACCUCAAUGGGGUCAUGCCUCCCACACAGAGCUUUGCCCCAGAUCCUAAGUAUGUCAGCAGCAAAGCUCUACAAAGACAAAACAGUGAUGGAUCUGCGAACAGGGUCCCUUGCAUUCUUCCCAUUAUUGAAAAUGGUAAGAAGGCCAGUUCAACACACUACUAUCUGCUGCCUGAAAGGCCUUCAUAUCUGGACAAGUAUGAGAAGUUUUUCAGAGAAGCAGAAGAAAUCAGCUCAAACGCAGAAGUGAAGUCCUGGUCUGGUGACUGCACCACAGCUAUUGCCACAGCAAAGCAGGACUCAGAAGCUAGAAUGGACAUGGUUGGCCCCGUGAAACAAAAACACCUGUCUUAUGUGGUUUCUCCAUAGAUUCUUGGAACAUGAUUCACAAUAGUUGCUUAGGAUGGAGUAGAUCUUAACCAUGUUGCUAAGUUUGAGAUCCAAGGAAAGGUUCUCAAAUAAUGAAGUAAUAGAAUUCUUCCCGUUUCAGCAGAAAAGUGGGGUAUUAAUGGUAAAGUCAUCUUAUGCUGCAUAUCUCUCUGAAUUGUUUGUCUGGACUAAGCCUGUCUUGGUCUGUAUAAUGAAGACUGUAAAGUGUUUAUACAAACAUAUGGAGUAACCAUAGCCACAUUGGCCAGUUAUACACUAUCCUAGAGUAAUAUAUUUUGUAAAGGCAUAUUAAGAAAAAAUCCAGUUUUGAUGUCUAAAACCGAAAUCAGGGAAGAAAGUGCAGUACAGUAUUUUUGUUAUAUCACAGGCAUUUCCAAAAUGAUAGGCUUGGCAUUUUAAAAUCUCUUGCAGAAGAUGGCAUUGCUGGGAACAAACCCUGUUCUCUUUAGCUAGGAUGUGCUAACCUGGCUAGAAGGAAAUUGACAUCUACUUAAAGACUUGGAAGUGUAUUGGAAAGUGUUUAGACUUGUUUUUUAAUAUCUCCAAUAUUUUGAAAACUUAGUAGGAUAUAAGUAGAAUUUAGUGAAGUAGCUUCCAACAGGGGUUAGACUUCUGCUUUUUUUUAUGGUGCCUCUUGGAUUCUUUCACCCACUAACAGGCACGUGGCAGAAUUCGGCAGAUUUACCUAGCAGAGACUUGGACCAGCUACUGCUAACCUUCACCCAUUGUUAUCUCCUUAAGAGGUCCAAGGAAUGCAUGUUAGUGUCCUAAAAUUGACAGGGGAAAGAGAUCUAUCCAUAAUUGCUAGUAAAUGGACAGCAAUGACUACAUCCUUAUCUAGUAUACAAAUUCCUGACUGUAUUAUAAACAGAAACACAACACAAGCUGGUCUUGUGUUCUGGUUUCUAUUCAGUAUUUUCUGGUUGUGUGGUCUUUUUGUUUUGUUUUGUUUUUGGUAAAUUAAACAUGAUUCCAUUUACAAACCGUGUCAGUCACAUCUACCUUUGCUUCAAAUACUGCUUCUUUCUGUUUCCGUUUCCCCCAUCCCCCCAUAGUCUGCCUCACUGUUCCAUUUAGGUCCGGGGAGAUGCAACACUUGUGCAUUAGCUGUUUCUUGUGCAUACUUCCACAUAUUUAUCCUUUUAUAGAUAAGCACAGGAGAAGAGGUGCUCAUUAAUGGAGGUCCAUUACUAUAAUGUUCUCCUCCUCACAGAAAUGAACAAGCUGUUUACAGUUUAAACUGCUGAAUGAGCUAUUUGAGCUAUUUUAAAGCUUACUUAUGUUUUAGUACAAACUAAAUGAAGGUGAAAUACAUGCUAUAGAAAAUGCACUGAUAUUUCUGCAUCAUGUGUACAGUAUUGAACAAAAGGAUUUUAUUCACUUUGUUUUAUUUUGAAUAUUGUCAUGUCUUGAAUUUAAUAAAGUUAUAAUAUACUUAUUUAUGAUA